GUUGGCGCUAUGUUUACCUCUCCCCCCAAUCCUGUGCUGUGGCCAGCUGGACAUAAACCAUAAUUCAGACAGGCUAAACUAUCCCGGAAAUACAAAUGUAAGGUGUCUUACAUUGAAUCCUUCACGGAUUUCUACAGAUACAUAGAUUGUUUAUACUAUAGUGGAGCUGUCAUGAAUAAGGAUAUCAUGUCACGUGUGGUAAAGAAGAGGCAGGCUGACCCUAAAGUUGUCCAGUACGUAUGGGCUGCCAUUGAGGUCAUCCGCAACCAGAAACAAAUUGCCAACAUGGACAGAAUCUCAAAGUACCUGAGCCGUGUCUUUGGAAUGCACCCCAAGGAGACAGCCAGGCAGCUGAGCCUGGCAGUGAAGGACGGAUUGGUGGUGGAGACCCUCACCGUAGGCUGCAAAGGUUCCAAGGCGGGCAUCGAGCAGGAGGGCUACUGGCUGCCUGGAGACGAGCAGGAGCCGAAGGCAGAAGGAAGCAAGACGGAGAGGGAGCCACCGCCGGAGGAAUGGGAGGCGGAAAGCCAUGACUGGUACUGCUUCGAGUGCCACCUGCCCGGAGACGUGCUGGUGUGUGACAACUGCUUCCGUGUUUAUCACCUCAAAUGCCUGUCUGACGAGUUCAAGCCCCGGGACAGCGGAUCCCACUGGCAGUGUGUGGUGUGCAGGGGUAGUAAAAAGAAGAACCUAAACAAGCAGGAGAUGUGCAGAUACCUGCGUUUCAUCGUCCAGCGAAUGAAGGAGAGGGCCGUAGACCUGAACAAGAAAGGCAAAGACACUAAACACCCGAUGUACAGAAGGCUCAUCCACACAGCACUGGACGUCACCAAUAUCCAGGAGAACCUGACGGAGGGGAAGUACAAGAGCUUCGACGAGUUCAAGGCAGACGCCCAACUGAUCGUGCAUAACACCGCCAUCUUGUUUGGAGUGCACAGUGACCAGGCGGAGAUUGCGCGGUUACUUUACAGUGACACGUGCCAUGAGUUAAACGAGUUGAUGCUAUGCAAGAACUGUUUUUACCUGUCCAAUGCCCGGCCUGACAACUGGUUCUGCUAUCCCUGUACCCCCAGUCACGAGGUAGUGUGGGCCAAGAUGAAGGGCUUUGGCUACUGGCCGGCCAAGAUCCUGCAGAGGGAAGACAACCAGGUGGACGUUCGCUUCUUCGGCCACCAGCACCAGAGAGCAUGGAUCCCAGCAGACAACAUCCAGGACAUCAAGGUGUCGGUGCAACAGCUGCAGGUGAAGCGUAGUGCAGGCUGGAAGAAGGCCUGCGACGAGCUGGAGCUGUCCCAGCGCUUCCAGAGGGAGGGCCGCUUCUGGAAGCCCAAGAUGGUGGAGAGACUGGAGGAGCGGAGAGAGGAGGGAGAGGAGAGGCUGACAGAGAGGCUGACGGAGGAGGCAGAGUCCUCCAUCUCCUCCACCAGCAACAAUAACAAUGAGCAAGUCAAACAUAAGGCGGACAGACAGGCGGACAGGCAGGCGGACCGGGAGAGACAGACGGACAGGCAAGAGCCCAAAGCGAAGAAGAGCCGUCGUCAAGCUCCCGAGCCCAAGGAGGAAGUCAGUGAACCGGAGCAUGAGGUGGAGGCGGUGAGCUCCAGCCAGGAGAUCCCCGUGACCACGCAGCACCAGCCGGAGAAGCUGUCCGUCUCCACGCAGACUAAAAAGGCCUCGGCGGCGUCGCCUCGCACCCUGCACCGCAGCACCCAAACGGCGUCGGACGGAGCGUGCCAGAACAUGUGUCACGAGAAAUACACCAAGAUCUUUAACGACGUCAAGGAGAUGAUGAAGGCUGACAACAAGAGGGAGACGGAGCGCGUGGUCCGAGAGGCCCUGGAGAAGCUGCGUUCAGAGAUGGAGGAGGAGAAGAGACAGGCAGUGAGCAAGGCGGUGUCGGGGGGCCAGGCAGAGAUGGAACGCAAGUGUAAGACUGUGAAGGAGAAGUGUAAGGAGGAGCUGGUAGAGGAGGUGAAGAAGAUGGUGACCCAGCACAAGCAGCUCCUCUCGCAGACCAAGAAGAAGCAGUGGUGUUAUAACUGUGAGGAGGAGGCCAUGUACCACUGUUGCUGGAACACGUCCUACUGCUCCAUCAAGUGUCAACAGGAGCACUGGCACGCAGACCACAAACGCACCUGCCGCAGAAAGAGAUGAGCUAGCCUGUCCCUUAUCCCCUCCCAGCACGCCUUCCUAUUGGCUCUCCCCACUGUCACUCACCCAUAACACCCAAUCGAACCCCUACCUGCCUUCCUGAACACUUUGUGGACCGACCUUUGCUUAACGUCUGAAAAAAAGUCUCUCUUUACAUUUUAUUUAAUAUACCCAGUGUAUUGAUAUUUUUUUUUCUAUUUUUUUUCUCCAGAAUCAAGAGCAUGGCUCGAAUGCAUAGUAUGAUUUUUUUAUUUUUCUGAAGUGCUAAUUUCACCUAUGUUGGUGAAUGUGUUAUUUAAGUGUGUAGUUCUAAAUGAGCAUUAACUGAAUACAUUUUAUUACCUGAAUUUUUUAAUCACUUUUCUUACUGUAAAUGUUUUAACAAUUAAUAUUAAAACCAUAAGUACUAUUGCAGCAUUGAAUAUGCUCUGCUUUCAUACAGAAACUAUUUAAAUGCAAAAAAACAUGGAAAGGAAAAAACAGCAAAACCUUCUAAUCAUGAAAAGUAUAUGUAGAUGAUCCAUCAAAAUGUUUGUGUGAUUUUAUUUGUGAAAAUAUCUAGGUGAAUAGCACCUGUUUAUUGUUUCUACCUAAAUCUUAACAUCAAGUCUCUUAAACAUCAUUGGGAACAGGGUUGUGAAGUCUGCUAUAAAGAUGCUGACAAAAAAUCUUCCAUUUGUUAUUAUGCACAUUUUGGGUUUCACUUUUUGAAUAUACUGUGAUUUAUAUCUAUCAAAGAAAAUGUUUUUGAUUUCUUGGGGGAAUAUAUAGCCUAGCAAUCUUUACUGAGCUGGAUCUUAGAGAGGUUCCUUCGUAAUUUGACAGUUUGCACAUUUCAAUUGUUUUCAAAACCCAAAUGCUUGUAAUAUUGCCAAAAACAACAUUUGUUGAACCUUAACAGAGAAACUGCGUUGAGUGCUGUUCCCCCUGCCCUUGUUUUUAGUUUUUCAGUUGGCUUUCGUGUCAUGGUUAUUGUGAUGUGCACUGUAAGUACAGUUAUAGAAUACUCAAAAGUGACUAGUUAUGGGACUCCUCACUGCUUAAGCUCUAGUUGGUGGUCCAAGCUUGUUUUGUUUUUUUCCAACACCAUCUUCAUAUUCUGAGUAAAGAGAUGUGCAUGUUGAUAGUUUCACUUUUUUAUUACAAGAAAAAGACUCGCAGAGUAACUUAGGUUUCCUUAUGGACAAUGAAUAUGGAUGGACCAAUAUAAAAUAUAUGCAAAUACGAAUGAUCACCUGUGCUAUACAUUGUCGUUUAGACUUUCCUCUUAUUGAAUGGACUCUGAAUGGUGUGCAAUGUUACUAUCCUUUGCUUGAUGUGUUUUGGAUCAUUUCUUAAAGGGUAAUGUAAUUGCCGAUUUUAUUUUAAAAGCUAAAGUACUAACCAAGAGACUACUUGGGAGGACUGACAUUGUAAGUCCAUGUGACUCUCCUUAGUAAUGAAGAGCUGACUGAACAGAGGAGAAGUCAUCCCCUGCAUUGAUUCAUUUUAUUGCCUAGUUUUUGGCACCUGGUUUUCAAUGACUGCAACGCUCUCUCUCCUGUUAGCUGACAAGUGCAUCACUUUUCAGAUCUAACACAGCUAUUUGUAUUCAUUACAGCACAGCAAGAAAUAAUGACCUGUCUGAUUUCCUGUACAUUUUUUUUUUCACCAUGUAUUUUCUCUUAAUCGAUAUUCUAUGUUUUGUCGUAUGUCAGUCAGAAAAGCAGCGAAAUGUUAAGGAACGAACAAACUGCUUGAUUUGCCCUAUGUUGGAAUUGUCUUUUAAUUUUGAUAGAGUAGAGAUUCCCUGCAUGAAUGCCAGAAUCCUGGUUUCCAUUGUCAUCUCCUGUGGUCUUAUCAACAACAUCCUUCAGUUUUGUCAUCGUUGCACUACAUGUAAAUAAACAUGCUUAGGACAUGUCAUUCCCAUUAUAGCCACACAAGGGAUAGUCUGUUCCAUUUGAGUUUAUUUACCUGGCUGAUGUUUGCCCUCCGGCACCGCGGGCUAUAUUGGAAUUUUCUUCUGCUCUUUUAUAAAGCUAUGUCAGAGGACUAAUGUAAUUGGAAAUCUGAUGAUGCUUUUUUUCUUGAUAUAUUACCAGCAGACCACUUUAUUCCAAACUGGAGUGAUCACCCCUCACACACGGUACUGAGAUUGUUGAUAGCCACUGCCCACACCCUCAACAACUACGAAGAAACACCCAGAUGGUGUUCAUUUUUACCAACACUUCUUUGUCUUCAUUUUGUGUUUUUACAUAGGGGGUUAUAUCCAAUCACAAUUUUAUUGGGUCAUUUCUACAGUAUGUAUUUUAUAUUUGUCCAUCUCUGUAUGAUGAUCAUUUGUGAUAUUUUCCCUAUGUGGAAAUACUUUGAUGUCAUUCCAGUUUGUAAAGUAUUUCUGGUAACUUGCAUGAGUAAGAUGUGUGUAAAACCGUUCUUUUUCCAUGUUAAAAGACAUCGUUGCACUUCCUGAAAAUGAUGCAAUAUGACAAUUUGAUUUUGUUGUUUUCCUCUGAUAUUGCAGUCUAGCAAAUAUUCUCACCGUUGCAUUGGUUAUAUACUGUCUAUUUUCUGUUGAGAAAAAGUUGAGUGUGCUGUCUCAUCCAUGCUUACAUCUAAUGAGAUCGUUCUUGAACUAGUACAUUUUUUCCCUGUUCAUAUGUACACUAUUAAUCGUGGCUUAACAUUUUCUAUGCUCCUGGCAUUUUGUUUUACACUUUAGCUAGCAAUAUGUAUAUAAAUAUAUUCUAUGUGCUAACAUGGAGAAAUAAAUGUAUCA